UCUUUCGUUAUAGUCAGAGAAUCCAUUCCGGGCUCAGUUUUGCGCCCCUUCAGGGAAGAAGGUACACUGCACAGUUCUCUUAGGAAGGGCUCUAUUCCUUUAAAGCCAAAUCUUGGAAAGGAAAGGCCUGGACCAUACCAUUCCGUAGAAACAGGGAGGAGAAGAGUUUUGGGGCGUAGGGAAGAUAUAGACCGUGAUCUCUCAGAGCUGGCCUCGAGGACUAGGCUGGGCUGAACUGGCGGGAGUUUGAUCUCCGUGUGUCCUGAAAGUUGAGACUUGUCUGCUUUUACCUACCCUUCAGCAGGUCCCUACGUCUUCAUCACCCCUCACCUCAAGCAUUCCAUCGUCCCAUCCCAGGGAGGAAGUAGUUGCAAAAUCAUUCCAACUAAAUCCCAUCCUCUAUCCCGAUGAGCCGCAUCUAUCACGACAGCGCUCUCCGGAACAAGGCGGUGCACAGCACUCGGCUGCCCGGCUCUUGGGACCCGGCUGCGUACCAGCGGGGAAAUGGUAUCCUUCUGGAGGGAGAACUGGUUGACGUCUCUCGUCAUAAUAUCUCAGAUGCCAGUGGCAAAAAGGAGCGUUACUAUGUGCUGUACAUCAGACCCAGUCGCAUCCAUCACCGCAAAUUCGACUCUGAGGGGAAUGAGAUAGAACCAAACUUCAGCAACACCAGGAAAGUGAACACAGGCUUCCUCAUGUCCUCGUAUAAGGUGGAAGCCAAAGGUGACACGGACAGACUCUCGCCCACGGCAUUGAAGGAGCUCGUGGAAAAGCCAGAGCUGCUUGCGAUGACGGGAAGCCACACUCCGGACCAGACACUGGCAUUCUGGAUUCCAGAGACUGAGAUGGAGAAGAUUGAGCUAGAGCUGGGUGCAGAAAUUCGUCUAAAAACCCAGGGCGAUAGUCCUUUCAUAAGCUCCUUAGCAAAACUUGAGGCUGGAACAGUGACCAAGUGUAAUUUUGCUGGUGAUGGACAGACAGGUGCAUCGUGGACUGACAAUAUCAUGGCGCAGAAAUCCUCAGAAGGAGCAGCGUCAGAGGUUCGAGGCCAAGGGGAUGGGGCGGAGGAUGAUGAAUGGCCAGAAGAGAUUCAACAGCAGAUUGUCCGGGAGACUUUCCACCUUGUCCUCAAGCGGGAUGACAACAUAUGUAACUUCCUAGAGGGGGGCAGUUUGAUUGGCGGUUCUGACUACAAGUUGAUUUACCGGCACUAUGCCACUUUGUAUUUUGUGUUUUGCGUGGAUUCUUCAGAAAGUGAACUGGGGAUCUUGGACCUCAUUCAGGUUUUUGUAGAGACACUGGACAAGUGUUUUGAAAAUGUGUGUGAGUUGGACUUGAUCUUCCACAUGGAUAAGGUUCAUUACAUCCUGCAAGAGGUGGUUAUGGGUGGUAUGGUACUGGAAACGAACAUGAAUGAAAUUGUGGCUCAAAUUGAAGCUCAAAACAAAUUGGAGAAAUCAGAGGGCGGCCUUUCAGCAGCCCCUGCUCGGGCUGUAUCUGCAGUGAAGAACAUUAAUCUCCCUGAGAUUCCUCGGAACAUCAAUAUUGGGGAUAUCAACAUCAAAGUUCCCAACCUCUCUCAGUUUGUCUGAGGACUGAAGUAGCGUUAGACAGAUCAAGCAAAAAGGAAUCUCUUCGAAAACCCAAGGCCAGGCUGAUCGUGGAUCUGAGCAGAAUUUGAGUCUUAGUGGCGUUACAACCUAAGGCCUGGUCUCUUUUUGUUUGGGCAGACUCAUGGAUGUGGGGUUAGGGAAAAGUCAAUGUCAUAUCAUGAUUUCUGUGCACAUGUCCAGCAUGAAGUUCUUCAUUGCCUAUGGGUACAACAUUCAUGUAGGGGAUGCAUAUCCCACUUAAGCAAAUCAGCUAGCAUUCUCAAAUGCAUUUUCUUCUGCAUGCUGAAUCUCCCUGAGGGUGGUGGUUGUUUGAGGUGGUCCCCACAGAUUCUAGUGGGGCAGAUAUCUAGAGAGUCAUUAUUCUCAGUGCCACAAGAUUCUUGUGGUGAUUAUACUUUUUGCUAGGUGCCAAGGAUCAGCUCUUUAGAUUCAGAUUCAGGAAAGCUGGCUUUCCUCUGAAGUCUAUCAGAAAAUGAUAGGUGUGGGGGGCUAAUUUUCAUAAAAAUCUGAAUCACCUGCUAGCUGGAUUAAGGUGAUUGUAGCCAGUAUUCUUCUGUCUGACCAUGCCUUUUUAUAGAAAUAACAUUUCUUUCCCCAAGAAAAUAUCUUCUCAUCUGUCAAGAAUCCAAGAUCUGUUUUCUCUGGUGUUUUAUGAGAAAUCCAUAGUCAGAAACAUGACAGCAGCUGCUUAUCCAUGGAUUGACAAUGGGUCUUCAACCACCCAACUUCUCAACAGAUGAUAGAUCUAAUAAGCUCCCUAUCUAAGUAAUAGCCCUGGCUGAAGGAGUACUUUUGGGUCUUGGGAGACUUACUUUUGUAGCAGUUAAUGUGAGAUGAUAUUUGGAUUAUUUUAGGCUUCUAGUUCUAUUGUGGUCUUUUGUGAGAAAUCUUCCCUUGGCUUGCCUUCAGUUGGCAGUUCUAAGUUCAGUACUGAAUGUUGCUUCUGCUUCUUCUAUAUCACAAACCCAUUGCAAUUUCCAUAUAAAAGGCUAGGACAGGGAUCUGGUAAGAGUAAAGGAGCCCUGUGUUUAUGGGUCAGGGUGAGAAAUGGAGAUAUGCAAGGACUGUAAUGAGGAAUGUCAGCUUGAUCUUUGGUUGAGGAUAACGUGUUCAUACGUUUAAAGCGUUCCAAGAUAGGGUGCGUCCCUCUCCUCUGUGGUAAUAAAUACUCCUCCAUGACUUGCAUAUCUUUUUUUAUGAUAAAUUUGUAGCUAGACUGCACUUAGGAAUAUUCAAUUCCUGUCCUCCCCACCUGCCUUUCCACUGGACCUGAUCAGAGGCUGCAAAACACAGCACACUGUGUUACCUGUGUGAUCACAUGCUUCCUUUAAUUGUAGUAAUAAAUUUUUCAACCUAAGUGGAACCUCUGUUUUGUAUAAAACUGUGUGUGCUGUCCUCUUUCCCUCUGAGGGAGGGUGUGGGGAACUGAGCUGUUAUUUUGUUUUUUAAGCUUCCUGAGAAGGUAAGUUUACUCUACUUGUAGAACUAUGGUUGAAGAAUAUUUUUGUCCAUAUUUGAAUUCUGCAACUCAUGACUCUUGGUCUUUUCACCCCACCACAUUUUUCUUUGAAAGAAAAUCACUGUCAUAUCGCAUUGACUUUCCCUAACCCCUCCCCAGAGCUCUCCCUAAUAAUAAAUAGAUAUAAUUGUGCAAAACGAA